AUGAUAUAUACUAUAUUCUUAUUUUCGAUAUUAAUAAUAUUAUCUAAACAACAAUAAAUAUACUUAAACUAAGGUAAUGAUUGGCCAGGAACUUGUUAAGAAGGUUCAGCUCAAUCUCCAAUUGACAUAAAAGAUGUGAAAGGCACAUGUGAUAACAGUAUGAUGGUUAAUAUGGUAUUAAAAGCUGAAGAUAUUUUAACUUCAGUUAAUAAGUCUUUAUAAGGUUUGAAAUCGGUUGGAUAAUUUACAAUUUUACAUGCAAAAGAUAUAGACGGAAACUUAGUAGGAUACGACGGAUAUGAAAUAUAGGUAAAAUCUCCUUCUGAACAUUAAAUAGAGGGUACAUAAUAUGAUAUAGAGGUGUAGUUUUACCAUAAUAUAAAGGCUGAAUUUAAAAUUGCUAAUGAUGCUUAAUAAAAAACUAAGGCAGUUGUGUGCAUUUUCUUUAAUCAAGAUUCCACGAAAAGUUCUAAAUUUUUCGAUGUAUGGAAACCUCAAAAAGUCGAAAAUAGUUUCAAUUUGAAUCUAAAUGCGACUUUGGGUGAAGUUUUUUCUACUUCGGAUGACUAUUAUUCUUAUUAGGGAUCAAUUACUUAACCACCAUGUGAUGAAGUGGUCAAUUGGUAUAUUUUUAAUACUGUUUUUAGUAUGUCAACUAUUUAGUAUUCGGAUAUUAGUUUAUAUUUAUAAAGAAAUAUUGAGUUUGCGAAAGGAAAUGGAAGCAAUAGGGCAAUUUAAAGUUUAAAUGAUAGAGUUAUUAAAAAAGGAAAUAUUGCAUGUGAAGAAUAGUUUAUUUACUUCUUCUCAUUUUUUAUUUUGUAUAUAUUUAUAAAUUAUUUCAUUUUUAAAUUACUUUGA